AUGUCGGGACACCAGAGAAGGCCUAGCAUGGCGGAGAACUUGACACCAGAGCAAAUCAAGGAGCUCAAGGAAGUCUUCAAUGUCUUCGUAAGUCUUUCAAUGACGAAGCUGCCUAGAUCAGAAACUGACGUCAAACCUUCUGAAAACACAGNNGACAAGGAUGGAAACGGCAACAUCACAGUCGACGAGCUGGGCGAAGUCAUGCGCUCUCUCGGCCAGGAACCCUCUCAAACCGAACUCGAGGACAUUCUCAACGAGAUCGACAAGGACGGCUCUGGCUCAAUCGAAUUCGACGAGUUUCUCUCAAUGAUGGGUCGCAAGGUCCAGCAAGCAGACAGCGAGUCCGAGUUGAGAGCAGCUUUCGCAGUCUUUGACAGAGAUGGCAGUGGUACCAUUUCCGCCGAGGAAUUGAGAAAUGUCAUGAAGAGCAUUGGCGAGAACUUGUCUGACGCCGAGAUUGAUGAGAUGAUCAAGGAAGCGGAUGCCAAUGGUGAUGGCAACAUUGAUUACGACGAGUUCGUAAAGAUCAUGAGUGCUUAA